AUGCCCUCCUCGUCCCAGCUCAAGAUCUACGCCCUCUUCUACGCGCUCCAGCUCAAGGCGGGCCUGCUCAACCUCUACUUCUACGCGUCGUACCAUGGCAACCUGACGCUGUUCGCCGCGCUCCUCAUCCUCGACGGCGUCAUGAUCGACUAUGGCAUGUGGUGCACUGAGAAGUGGAUCGCAGAUGCUAGGGAGCAAGGCGCCGCCCCGGUGUCAGAUACGACGACGCCACCCGCUGCGACGUCGCUCGUUGCGCCGCCUGAGAAGCAGAGCGCGCCACCCACCUUCCCAUCACCAUCCACUCGCACACGACACCUCACUGUUGUACUGUAGCACCUCUUCAUCGGGC